CGCGCGGCGUGGUCCGAGGACGGAGCUGGGGCGCAUGGAGCUGCAAUAAUGCGCCGGCCGCGUACCAAGUUCCGGGAAGCCGAUAGUCCAACACGCUCUCUGCUUUGGCAGGCAGGCACACCCGGUCGCUUGAUCGCCCUGGCGGGCGAGACUGAACAAUAUCGGGAUAUGUGACACACUCCUGGAGGAGGGCUUCGGGCCAGGACCUGCUUGCUAGGAAUCUUCUUUCCCUGUCACCCAGGCCGUCAUGGCAGCCCGCCUGGUGAAGCGAUGCACGUGCCUCCUGAGAGAGGCCACCCUUCUGGCCCCUGCAGUGGCUCCGGUUGGCCGACUGCCACUUGCUAGCAUGGCGGCCAGGACUCUGACUUUCUCGGCCACCUGCCCCAGUUCCCACUUCCCAGACCCCUUGUCGGGGCUUGUGGAGAAGGAGCAAGCGUCCGCCCCCUACCCAGGGCACCGGGAGGUGGAGCAGGUCAUCGAGAAGGCCACCCAGCCAGAGGAGCUCCUGGAGCUGCUCGGUGGCAGUCGCUGCCUGCAAGAAAACCACGCAGCCCUCGUGCUCAUCCAGCUUUCUCGCCUGCUGUCUGACAAGCCAGAAGACAGAGCCUCCCUCGUGCAGGAUGCCCGCUUUCAACAGCUUCUCCAUCUCGUCGACAGCCAGAUAGGCAUUGUGUGGCACGGGACCCUCGUGAAACUGCUCCGUAGCCUGUACGCACUGGUGCUGCCAGCAGCCUGCAGGGAGCUGCGCUCGGUGGAGCAAGAGGUGCGCUGGCGCCUGCGCAGGCUCAAGUACCAGCACCUGGCCUUCCUGGCCGAGUCCAGCGCCACGCACAUGCAGGAGCGGGGCUCCCCAGAGCUGCUGGCCGAACUGCUGCUGCAGCUGGAGCGGCGCUGGACGGAGAUUGAUGAUGGCCGCACGGCAGUGGCCCUGAUGGCCAAGGCCGGGCACCUCUCGGAGCCGCUGAUGAACCGCCUGGAGGACAAGUGCCUGGAGCUGGUGGAACACUUUGGCCCCGACGAGCUGCGGAAGGUGCUGGUGACGCUGGCGGCUCAGAACCGGCGGUCGGUGCCCUUGCUGCGCGCCAUCUCUUACCACUUGGUCCAGAAGCCCUUCUCACUGACGAAAGGCACACUCCUGGACCUGGCCUAUGCCUAUGGCAAACUUGGCUUCCACCAGACCCAGGUGUUACAGCGCCUGGCUGCCGACCUGCUGUCCCAUGUUCCUGGCCUCACAUCCGGCGAGGUGGCCCGCUGCGCCAAGUCCUUCGCCCUGCUCAAGUGGCUCAGCCCGCCCCUGUUCGAGGCCUUUGCUCAGCAUGUCCUAGACCGAGCAGACACUGUCACCAUGCUGCACCUGUGCAACGUGCUUCUGGCCUUCGCACACCUGAACUUCCGUCCUGAGCAAGAGGACAAGUUCUUCAGCCUGAUUCACGAGAAGCUGGGGUCUGAGCUGAGGAGCCUGAACCCGACCCUGCAGGUGGAUGUGGUGUGGUCGCUGUGCGUCCUACAGCAGGUGCAGGGGGAGGAGCUGCAGGCCGUGCUCCACCCCGAACUUCACACCCAGUUCCUAGGUGAUGGGUCCCCAAAGGGCCAGAGCACUUUCCAGAAGCUACUGCACAUCAAUGCCACCGCCCAGCUGGAGCACCCUGAGUACAUGGGCCCCCUCCUGCCACCAGCCUCAGCCUGGGCGCCCCGGCUCCCAGCCCAUGAUGGGAAGGUGACGCCCCUGCAGAAGGAGCUGCAGGGUACCCUUCAAGGGCUCCUGGGGAGCGACAGCAGGGGCAGCUUCAUGGUGGCCACGCAGUACGGCUGGGUUCUGGAUGCCGAGGUGCUGCUGGACACAGACGGUCAGUUCCUGCCCCUGAGAGAUUUCUUGGCCCCGCAUCUCGCCCCUCCCUCUGGGACCCAGCCACUGCCUCCUGGGGCCAAGAGGCUGGCCUUCCUGCGCUGGGAGUUCCCCAACUUCAGCCGGAGCAGAGAGCUGCUGGGGCGCUUCGCCCUGGCCCGACGUCAUGUGCUGGCCGCUGGCUUCCUGGUGGUGGACGUCCCCUACUAUGAGUGGCUGGAGCUCAAGUCAGAGUGGCAGAAAGGUGCCUACCUCAAGGACAAGAUGCGGAAAGCUGUGGCGGAGGAGCUGGCCAAGUGAGGAAGCCCGUGGCCUGGACUGUGCCCCGGGGGCUGGCCGGCAGCUCCCACCCCCUCGUGGGCAAUAAACAGUAACUGCCGGUAUCCACACCA